AUGAUUGAACGAGGACUGAUUCCACCAACAGCAAGGAUUACCUUUCAGAACCCACCCAUUAUACCAAGAGCAGCUCCUCUGCAUAAUUUUGAUGAAGCACGUAAGAUCCCAGCUGCCGCCCCUUUCGCUACACUUCAGAAACCACAGCUGAUUCCAGUGGAAGCAAAGAAGUUCUCUUCUAAGAAACAAAGAUCAAAGGGGAAACGCAAAAGGUCAAGAGGACUUCAUGAUAGGAAGAUCAUGAAAGUCACAACACCUUCAAGAAUUGUGAAAUCACCAUGGGAUUUUGAUUUUUUUAUUUAUAAUGGUGUCAUAGACAAGACAGCCCCAGACUUCUUAGCAUUCAAGGAACAUUUUAAUUUAUCUUGGGGAAGUAUUUUUUCCCUCUUGGAACACAUCGAGAAGUUUAUCAGGGACUAUGCAAUACCAGAAGUUAAAAUAAAAGGGAACAAUUUGGUAGCCUUCCUUCCGGAGUUUGAGCUGAAGAAUAAACUUACCAGAUACGACUUUCUCUCACUGUUAGAGAACCCACUUCGUAUCCAGAUGAUGUUAAAUCUUCCAGGGCAAAGGUACAAGGGCCAAGAUGGAAGGUCAGAGGCUGCCAACAAGAUCCAAGCCACAUGGAAAUGCUUCAAGGCAAGAAAAUUCUUCCUCAUCUAUCGCCAGCAGAAGUGGGCAUCGGGUGUGAUUUCCAUUGCGUGGCUCUUACAUUGCCAUAAGACCCGAGUGAAGAAGAUCCUGAAGGAAUCACGUGAGAGACACCUGGAGAAUUUCCGUAUCCGAGCCAAGCAUCUGGCAGCCAACUGGAAUCGCAUCAGGACCUCCAGGAGGACUAUUAUCCAUAUCCCAUCAUUAGGUAUAACACUUUUGCCUGCAAAUCUAUCAGCAACCUCUAUUACCCACCACAUUAUGGCUCCUUGA